GUUUCUCUCUCAUCGAGCGCGCUCUCUCUAUCUCGUCCAAAGCUAAAUCUUGACCGCGAACCAAAAGCUUUUUCAUUUCAGUUUUUUGCCGCUCUGCUCUUUCGUUUGUCCUUUCAGGUUUUCGCGGACAAAACCCUAGCCCUAACUAAUCCGGUGUUCGUCGUAUUCGGAUUCUGAUUCUACUGCCAGAGGCCUGAAAUCUGUUGUCGACUUGGCAGAUCUCAGAUCCGUUGUCGUUGGGAAUUCAAUCGGAGGCUCUGGUUUGCGGAGCUUGGAUUUUAUUGGUCUUCUGGUUUUGAUUCUUGAGUUGUUCUGAUCGGAUUCUGGCUAUUUAGGUUUCAAGAAAGGUGUCGAGGUUUUCUGGAAGGUUAGCAUUUGAAUUCUCGAUUGGUUAUUAUCUUCUCACCCAAUUGAAGGCUCCAAGCAAUUUAAGUCAGUUUUACGUGAAUCUGGAUUUUCAUUUCCACUCUGCGUGGGCUUUUUGGAUGCUGCCGACUGGGUUUGCAGUAUUGUUAGCUACAGCUUCUGCAGAUUUGGAGGAAUAUAUAUUGGAUGGGAGAAGAAGCAGCUGGUUUGGCUGCAGUUACAAAUGAGCCGCUGGGGAAAGAGAGCGCUUCGAGUACCGAAUUGAAGCGCGACCAUCAGUGUCUUGCUGAAGAUACUGAACCCGAGUCAUUACACAAUAAGAAGCAGGCAAAAGAAGUAUCCAAUGAAGACGUUCGUUCAGAAGUUUCGAAUCCCGUAAUUUCUCCGAAAGGGAAUCAUUUCCAAGACAUCACUAGCAGCCAGCCAGACGAGCUAGAAAAUACUAACCAAGUCGAGCGCGGGGAUCUUACGUCGGCUUGUUCGGGAAACUCAAGCUCCGAGGAUAUCUCAAGCGAUGGAGUUCCUUGCCGGAACAACACAUCUCGAAAUGACGCUGAUAUGUGCGAUGUUGACGAGGUUUCUCGGUUUGUGCUUGAAAUUCCCAAGCAUGCUAGUUCAACUGGAAUUAGGAAAAUUACGUUCAAAUUCAGCAAAAAAAAGGAGGACAACAAUUUCACAUCCAUGUCAGUAAGCAAAGUUCAUUCUAAUGGAAAUUCUGAUAAAGACUGUAAACCAGAACCAUCGUCGGUGGAUGAUGCUUAUACGGAGACAUCUGCACAUAGCUGGGAAGGCUGUGCUGAGAGCAGCAGGUUUCCCUUAGGUCCUAAUAAAAUGGAAUUGAAAAUGUCGAAGAAGGUUUUACCAAACAAUUACCCUUCGAAUGUUAAAAAGCUGCUGUCGACGGGUAUACUUGACGGCGCUCGAGUAAAGUAUAUAUCUACGACAAGUGAGAUAAAGCUACACGGUAUUAUAAAUCGCGGGGGAUAUAUGUGCGGAUGUUCAGUAUGCAAUUUCACGACUAUUCUCAGUGCUUAUGAGUUUGAGCAGCAUGCGGGUUUCAAGACUAGACAUCCAAAUAAUCAUAUAUACCUGGAGAAUGGGAGGCCAAUUUAUAGCGUCAUACAGGAAAUUAAGAGUGCUCCUCUUAGCAUAUUGGAUGAAGUGAUUAAGGACGUAGCGGGUCCGUCUGUUAACAUGGAUUCGUUUGAGGCUUGGAAAGUAAGUUUCCACCAGAACAGUGCAAGUAUUGAAGUGGAAAACGAUGACGUGAAGCUUCCUAAAUUGUCACAUUCCAUUGAGAGACCAAACCCUAAUUUAUCCAACUUGGUCGUGCAACAAAAGAAAACGACAGAAAAAGGCACCAAAAGAAGGGACAAUGAUCUUCACAGGCUACUUUUCAUGCCAAAUGGGCUUCCUGAUGGUGCAGAGCUGGCAUACUUUGUCAAAGGACAGAAAAUACUUGGAGGCUACAAGCAAGGAAAUGGAAUUGUCUGUAGUCACUGUAAUCGAGAGAUUAGUCCUUCCCAAUUUGAAGCUCAUGCAGGAAUGGCUGCCAGACGUCAACCCUACCGCCACAUUUAUACUACAAACGGGCUUACGCUUCAUGAUAUUGCCAUUUCCUUGGCUAGUGGGCAGAAACUUACCACUGGAGACAGUGAUGAUAUGUGUGCUGCAUGUGGUAAUGGAGGGGAUUUAAUUUUCUGUGAUCGCUGUCCUCGAGCUUUUCAUACAGGGUGCUUGCAUCUACAGAAUGUUCCUGAAGGAGUUUGGUGUUGCCCAAAUUGUAGAGAUAAAGUGGGUUCCAGUUUGAAGGCUGCUUCCGGAGGUUCUUUGAGUUUUUCAAAACCAAUUGUAUUUAAGUUAACACGAGUUGUUAAAGCACCUGAGUAUGAAAUCGGUGGUUGUGUUGUUUGCAGGCGACAUGAUUUCAGUGCUGCUAAAUUUGAUGAUCGAACUGUAUUGCUAUGUGAUCAAUGUGAGAGAGAAUUCCAUGUUGGCUGUUUGCGGGAUAGUGGGUUAUGUGAUCUGAAGGAACUCCCGAAGGAUAAGUGGUUCUGCUGUGAUGAGUGCAGUCAUAUCCACGUGGCCCUUCAGAAUACGGUUUUGAACGGGGCACAAAUCAUUCCAGAUUCAUUAUCAGAGUUAGUAAUCAGAAAGCAUGCUGGAAAAGGAUUAGUAAUUGAUGGAGCUCUUAAUGAUGUUCGGUGGCAAAUUUUAAGUGGAAAAAGUCGGUACCCAGAAGAUCUUCCAUUUCUUUCUAGGGCGACUGCUAUUUUUCGAUAGUUGUAUCGGCUGGUCUUCUUAGAAUCUUUGGUCGUGAAGUUGCUGAGCUUCCUAUAGUUGCCACAAGUAGAGAACAUCAGGGCAAGGGUUACUUCCAAGUAUUGUUUUCAUGUAUAGAGCGGCUACUUUCUUCCCUAAAUGUCCAAAACCUUGUACUCCCUGCUGCGGAGGAUGCUGAAUCAAUUUGGACCAAGAAAUUAGGUUUCAGAAAGAUGAGUGAAGAACAAUUGAUGAGGUAUAUGAGGGAGGUCCAGCUGACGAUCUUCAACGGAACAUCGAUGCUAGAGAAGGUGGUGCAGCAGCCGACAUUAUGAUCGCCAUAGGUCAAAUCUUGGAGGGGGCUGUAUUGCCUGCUGCAACUAUCAAAGUUCCAAGAAUCUCAUGUCUGUGUAUGCAUCUAUUUCUCUUCCUCUUUUAAAAAUUUUAAAUUUAAUGCUUUUAUUGUGA